ACUCCUCAUAAUCCCUUACACAUUCUUACCAGCUCGAUUCCAAGCCUCUGAAUAAUUAUUGAGCUGAUAAAUGUAAAGUAAGAAAUGGGUUUUCUAAUUAUAAGUAAAGUGGGUGCUGUUUUCUUGUGUGCAUUUUUGGUUGGAGGAAGUGUGGCGUUCGGACAACUGAGUCCUUCAUUUUACGAUGAGACCUGUCCUCUUCUAGCAAGCAUUGUACGUGGAAUCGUCGCCCGAGUUCUGUUCACCACCGAUCCGAGGAUCGGUGCCAGUCUCAUUCGCCUUCAUUUCCAUGACUGCUUCGUUAAUGGUUGUGAUGGAUCAAUAUUGUUGGACAACACGACAACUAUAGAUAGCGAGAAAUUUGCUUUCGCCAAUAAUAACUCCGCCAGGGGUUUUGAGGUUAUCGACGACAUUAAGGCUGCAGUUGAAGAAGCGUGCCCUGGUGUCGUCUCUUGCGCUGAUAUACUUACCAUUGCUGCUACCGAAUCUGUUUAUUUGUCGGGAGGCCCUUGUUGGACAGUCCUAUUGGGAAGAAGGGAUAGCUUAACAGCAAAUCGAAGUGCUGCCAAUGAAUUCAUUCCAGGUCCCAAUGAACCUCUUGAGGAGCUCCGGCGCAAGUUCACCAUUCAGGGCCUCAACACCUCCGAUCUUGUCUCAUUGUCCGGUGCUCACACAUUUGGACGGGCUCAAUGUCUGACCUUUAGGACCCGGUUAUUCAACUUCAACCAAACCGGAGCUCCAGACCCGACCAUUAACACAACCUACUUACCACAACUCCAACAGCUUUGCCCAGAAAAUGGAAAUGCAAGUGUUCUAGCCAAUCUUGAUCCAACCACUCCAGAUGGUUUCGAUAAUAAUUACUUUUCCAAUCUACAAAUCCUCAAAGGCCUGCUUAAGAGCGACCAAGUGCUGUUUUCUGAUGAAGGGGCUGAUACCGUUGAAUUUGUUAACAAGUUCAGUGCCAACCAAAGUUCUUUCUUUGAGAGCUUUGCGGACUCCAUGAUCAAGAUGGGGAAUAUAAGCCCUCUUACGGGUUCAGAUGGAGAAAUCAGAGCCAAUUGCAGGAGGAUUAAUGGAGAUUCUUCUACUUCUACCGAGACAAACUACGGUGGCUUCGUUGCCACAAUGUGAAAUUGAUUGGGUUUUAUAAGGAAUAUUACAAGAAUAAACUCCGGCCAUGAUCAUAAUGUGAAUAAGAUGACAUCCAUCAUGUGUAGACCAACUCAAAUAUUAUAAUAAUAUGUUUGACACAAGCUAAAUAUAAUAUUAUAUAUUGUCUGUGUCCGUACGUACUACUGUUUAACUUAAAAAUAAAAACCUGGUUUUAUAAUUGAGACUUGCAAAAAUAUAUUACCUACGACUUAAUACAUUUAGGAUUUUUAUUA